GUACUUUAAAAACAAAAAUCCACAACUGGAAUAGAUUAAUAGAAUAUUAUCAUUAUGAUUAUCACCCUAAUAAGAGAAAUGUCAUCGUCUAUAAAAACCCAUGCACGUCCACAAUCAACACAUACAAAAGAAUUGAGCCUUUUGUACUUGGAGACUUACAUGAUCUUCAAGUACAACAAUAAUGCCGCUUUCCCAUUUCCUACUUUUCCUCAUCUUCUUCAACAUCUCUCUCCUCUGCGUCCAAUGCAACCCUAAUUACACAGAUGCCCUCUCCAAAUCCAUCCUCUUCUUCCAAGGCCAGAGGUCCGGCCACCUCCCGCCGCAAGAAAUCAGCUGGAGAGCCAGCUCCGGCCUCUCCGACGGCAGUCUCGCCGGAGUGGACUUGACCGGAGGCUACUAUGACGCCGGCGACAACGUGAAGUUCAACUUUCCGAUGGCGUACACCGCGACAAUGCUGUCGUGGAGCGUCAUCGAGUACGAAGAGAAUCUGGGGCCGCAGCUGCCGGCCGCGCACGCCGCGAUCCGGUGGGCCACCGACUACCUCCUCAAGUGCGCCCGCGCGACGCCGGGGAGGCUCUACGUCGGCGUCGGCGACCCCAACGCCGACCACGGGUGUUGGGAGAGGCCCGAGGAUAUGGACACGGUGAGAAGCGUCUACUACGUCUCGCCGGAAAACCCGGGGUCGGAGGUGGCCGGCGAGACGGCGGCGGCGCUGGCAGCGGCUUCCGUCGUGUUCAAGAAAGUGGACCCCAGCUACUCGCGGCUGCUGCUGGCGACCGCUAAGGAUGUGUUGCAAUUUGCUUUGCAGCAUAGAGGGUCGUAUAAUGACUCCCUUGGCUCUCAUGUUUGCCCCUUCUAUUGCUCCUUUUCGGGUUACAUGGAUGAGUUGCUCUGGGGAGCCGCGUGGCUGUUCAGAGCAACCAACGAGACUUAUUACCUAAAUAUCACAAAGUCGGUGGGCGGCGGCGGCGACGGCAUCGAUAUUUUCAGCUGGGACAACAAGUAUGCCGGAGCUCGUGUCCUCUUAGCAAGGUCAUAUUUUAGCAUGCAGGGGAGUUUAGUGAAUAAUGAUGAAACAGUUGAGGCUUACAAGCAGCAAGCAGAGGAGUUCAUGUGUAGAAUACUGCCUAAUUCCCCUUACUCCACCACACAAUACACCAAAGGUGGUUUGAUGCACAAGAUGGGGGCUACCAAUCUACAAUACGUAACAUCCAUAACCUUCUUGCUCACCACCUACUCCAAAUACAUGGCUUCGGCCAACCACACCUUCACCUGCGGAGACCUCGGCGUGACGCCGUGGACCCUACAGAUUCUUGCGAAGAGGCAGGUGGACUACAUACUCGGAGACAAUCCGAUGAAGAUGUCGUACAUGGUGGGGUACGGGGCGAACUACCCCAAGAGGAUUCAUCACCGAGGGUCGUCCCUGCCCUCGGUGAUGACUCACCCCGAGAGGCUGGAGUGUGGGGCUGGAUUUCAGCCUUACUUCUACACAUCGAGUCCAAAUCCAAAUACGCUCAUAGGCGCCAUCGUUGGUGGGCCCAACCAAACCGAUUUCUUCCCCGAUGAAAGACGCGAUUACGCUCAUUCCGAGCCUGCUACAUAUAUCAAUGCUGCAUUGGUUGGACCCUUGGCAUUCUUUGCUGCCGCCUCUUAAUUAUUGUUUGCAAAUAUAUUUGAUCAUUUACAUCAAUGAUCCAUCACUACAUAUGUCACCAAUGCAGAAGAUCAUCACCUAAUUAGCUGCAUUUACAUGAAGCUCUCAACUUUGAUUUCAUUUGAUGAUU